AUGAGAAAUUCAGACAUAUUUUUACGAUUAGUUACGGGCGCAUGUUUAUUGUCGUCCACCGCCCUGGCAGCUACAACCUCAUGUAAUCCAUUGAGUGCUACUGGAUGUGAGGCUGAUACAGCUCUAGCAACAGCCAUUUCAGAGGAUUUUCAUACAAAUUCAUCGUAUUUCAUCGAUCAAAAACACGCUGGUACGAUCACUUACAGCGAUGAUGGGGUAGCACUAACUUUAGCAAAAAGAUUCGACAAUCCUGCAUUGAAAUCAGAUUUCUAUAUAAUGUAUGGUAAACUGGAAGUAAUAUUGAAAGCCGGUUCAGGAACAGGGAUAAUCUCAUCUUUCUAUUUACAAAGUGACGAUUUGGACGAAAUCGAUAUUGAGUGGGUUGGUGGUGAUACCACCCAGUUCCAAUCAAAUUACUUCUCAAAGGGUAACGUUACCACGUAUGAUAGGGGAGAAUUUCAUAUCGUGGAAUCUCCUCAAACAGAAUAUCAUAAUUAUACUUUAGAUUGGGCUAUGGAUAAGACAACUUGGUAUCUAGAUGGACAGGCCGUAAGAGUACUCCCUAAUACCACAUCCGAAGGAUACCCCCAAAGUCCUAUGUACAUUAUGAUGGGUAUUUGGGCUGGUGGUGAUCCAGAUAAUGCCGCUGGGACCAUUGAAUGGGCGGGGGGACUCACUGAUUAUUCUCAGGCUCCAUUUACUAUGAACAUGCAAAAAGUAGUAGUGACUGACUAUUCUACGGGGAAACAAUAUUCUUAUGGUGACCAAUCUGGGAGUUGGGAAUCUAUUGACUCAGAUGGUGGUGAAAUUUACGGAAGAUAUGAACAAGCUCAAGAAGAUUUUGCAACAUUAGUUCAAAAUGGAACAAUAUCUACCUCUGAGUCAACCUCUUCGUCGUCAACCGCACCAACGUCUUCCUCUAGUACUUCCCUACCUAAAAGUUCUUCCACUCACAUUUCCUCUACGCAAUCUACCUUAUCCUCUAUCAUGCAUGCCGUUUCAGAAAACUCUUCCAACAGUACUUCUGCAUCUAACACUAGGACUUUAGCUCCUCAAAGUAGCACAAUGACAGUAGGUUCUACGUCACAUUCAUCGAUUCAAUCCACCUUGGUAACAUCAACAGUAGCAUCAUCAUCAGCCUCACGGGCUAAUUCUACCUCAUCGAGGGCGUCUUCCACGAGUCAUUCCAUUUCAACAUCCUCUGGAGCCGCAGAUAUAAUCAACACCCCCAAUUCUCUAGUCGCCAUCAUACUUCUCCCGCUAUUUGCCUUUUUUUAA